UAUUUUUUCUUAUUUCUUUUUUCCUGCUGCUCCUCCCCCUCCUCUGUCUCUCUCUCUUUCUCUCCCCCUUCUAUGGAGGUUCACUGAGAAGAUACCAUAAUAUAUAGUACAAAAUCACGCUCUCUCCCUCUCCUCACUCUCUCUCCAGCGACGAUGGUGAUGGGAAAUAGCUGAGCCCCAUUCUCUCUCUCUCUCUCUCUCUCUCUCUUAGGGCUUUCGCCACCCCGCGAUCUCCUCCACCGCGUUCGGCUUUCGAAGGAAACAACAAGGCAAAGUCGAUAACGAGCAGAAAUUUCGUAACUACCCCUGCCAAAGACCUAUUAGACCCAAUAAAUCAAGCCCGAUGGGUUCGAGAUUCCCUGCACACCAACUCAGCAAUGGCCUUUACGUCUCAGGCCGGCCUGAGCAGCCCAAGGAGAAGGCUCCUACAAUGAGCUCCACCGCCAUGCCCUACACUGGCGGAGACAUCAAGAAAUCUGGCGAGCUUGGAAAAAUGUUCGAUCUUCAUGUGGAGAAGUCCCGCAAAUCUGGGCCUCUCACUAAUGCUUCUUCAAGAAACUCGUCCGGACCUAUUCCGCCUGCUGUCUCUCGGUCCAGCUAUUCUGGCUCUCUCUCAUCCUCAGUUCCUGGCACCGGCGGCUCAAACCGACAGAAAUCCAAUUCCGGGCCACUUAACAAGCAUGGGGAACCCGUUAAGAAGUCAUCGGGCCCGCAAUCCGGAGGAGUAACCCCAAUGGCCCGCCAGAACUCUGGCCCGCUCACGCCGGUGCUCCCUACUACCGGGCUCAUCACUUCAGGUCCUAUUUCCUCGGGUCCACUGAACUCAUCUGGGGCCCCUCGAAAAGUAUCUGGGCCAUUGGAUUCGACUGGGUCAAUGAAGCUGCAUAGCACUACCUCCUUUGCGCAUAAUCAGGCCGUCACUAAUCUCAGCCAGGUGGAAGACGGUUACUCAUUCAAGGGGAGCUUUCCAAAGCCAAUGCUCUAUGCUAUUAUUCUGCUGUUUGUAAUGGGGUUCAUUGCGGGUGGCUUCAUCCUGGGUGCGGUUCACAACGCCAUUCUUCUUAUUGUCAUCGUGGUUAUCUUUGCUGCUGUUGCUGCACUUUUCAUCUAUAAUAUUUGCUCAGGAAAAAGAGCAAUUAUAGGGUUUAUCGGCCAUUACCCCGAUGCUGAGCUUAGAACUGCAAAGGACGGGCAGUAUGUAAAAGUUUCUGGGGUUGUUACAUGUGGAAAUGUUCCCCUUGAAUCAUCAUUUCAAAAGGUACCCAGGUGUGUGUACACGUCCACUAGCCUAUAUGAGUACAGGGGUUGGGACUCAAAGGCCGCCAAUACUCAGCAUCGCCGCUUUACUUGGGGGCUAAGGUCAAUGGAGCGCCAUGUGGUUGACUUUUACAUCUCCGACUUCCAAUCUGGCUUGCGAGCCUUGGUCAAGACAGGCUAUGGUGCUAGGGUGACACCAUAUGUUGAUGAAUCUAUUGUUGUCGACGUCAACCCCGACAACAAGGACAUGUCUCCUGAAUUUCUUCGGUGGCUGCGGGAGAGAAACCUUUCUAGCGAUGAUCGGAUAAUGCGCCUGAAAGAAGGGUACAUCAAAGAGGGAAGCACUGUGAGUGUGAUGGGUGUCGUCCAGAGGAACGAAAAUGUUUUAAUGAUAGUCCCUCCAUCCGAGCCUUUCUCCACUGGUUGCCAGUGGGCCAAAUGCAUACUUCCCGCGAGCCUCGAGGGGAUCGUCUUGAGAUGCGAAGACACCUCGAAGAUCGAUGUCAUACCCGUGUAGCAGAUAUCGCAGUCAACAUUGGAGUCAGAUAUAUGUGUGAAAAUGAUGGUGGUGGUUUUAUGAUCUAGUAUAAGAUCCAGUCGGUUUGGUGAUUGUAUAGUCUUUUUAUGUAAUUUCCCCCCUUUUUUCGUUUAUUUAAGCUUGGGUACUUUUGUAACAUGGGUGGCGGGCUUUAUCGGUUAUAGCUGAGGAAAUUAUGUGGUGGUUGAAAGGAACAUCAGUGGAAUUAACUGUUUCUGUUUAGAAAAUAUUUUGAGUGAAGUUUGGUUUGUUGGGAUGUUUUUCGUGAUGAUUA